AUGGCGAGCGAGGCGACAGCCGAGCAGGAAGAGGGAGGCCGGGAGGGCCGUAGCGGCGGAUUCUCCGCAGAUGCCGAGGCUUGCGAAGCUGCGGAACGCGGUGAGACAGAAUCCGGGGAAGAGGCCUGCGAGGAGGCGUGGAGAGCGAGACAAGCGAUCACGGCAGGGCGGAUUUUCCGGAGUUCGCGCUCCGGCGCCGUUUACCAAAUCGACCGCGUCCUAGGCACCGGAAGUGCAGCGACGGUGUACUUGUGUCGCCGAAUUGCCAGGGGAGGUGGGGACGCGAAAGGCGAAACGGGCGCUGAGGCUUUCUGUGGGGAGACAGACCGGGGCCGCGCGGAGGGACAAGGCCUUGUCUCCGCGGAGACACUGGGCGACGCUCAGCGCAUGCGCGAAAGUGCGGCAGAACUGAGAAGCACGGUGUGUGGAGACGGCGAGCGCGGCUGUAGCGCGCCGGCGCGAGACGGAGAAGAGAGAGCGACGCAGAGGCGAGAGUCCACGAACGUGUUUGCCGUCAAGGUUAUUGAUCUGAGGGCGAUCAAACUCUGCAGCGACUUCGCCAGAGAAAUUCAAAAAAUUCAUCGAGAGGUUCGCAUUCUGCAACAGCUGCAUCAUCCCUGCGUCGCCAAUCUUGAGGACGUCGUGGAGGAGGACGACGUGCUGUUCCUGGUCAUGGAAUAUGUGAAGGGCGGCGAACUGUUUUACCGCGUGGUGGAGAAAGGAUGCUUCUCGGAGCCUCAGGCCUGCUACAUAAUGCACCAGCUAGUGCAUGCGUGCAUGUACAUGCACAAAAAACAUAUUCUUCAUAGGGACUUGAAACCGGAGAACAUUCUGGUUCACCGCGUGCUCGACGGGGACUUCUUUGUGGUGAAAGUUGCCGACUUUGGCCUCGCGAAACUCCUCACGGAAACGUCGCUCGCUCACACGCUCGUAGGCACUCCGCAGUACUGGGCGCCGGAAGUCCUCCAAUGCAGCGCUGGGGCUGCGGGGACACCCCCCCGCCGGCAGCACUACGGCGCCGCAGCGGAUCUGUGGAGUCUGGGCGUGUGCCUGUACGUCAUGCUGGGCGGCAGCUACCCCUUCGAUGAGAGAAUUGCUCCGAUCCAGACUGUGAUUCUCAGAGGUCAGUUCCACUUUCGCCAUCCGCGUUUCCAGCGCGUCUCUGAGAGCGCAAAAGACCUCGUACGGCGGCUGCUCACCGUCGACACCUCGCGGCGCAUCACGGAACAGGAGGUCUUGGAGCACCCCUGGAUGCUCAGGUGGAUGAACCCGGUCGACGUCCGUCGCUUCCUUCCCCCCGGCACUUCGCUCGCCAAUUCGCCUUUCCACGUCAUGCCGCCCCUGCCUUCUCUCAGGGCGCCUUCUGCCACGUCUGAGCGCUCUCCUGCAGCUGCGGACGACGGCCGAAAAGGCAAAGGAGAGGGGGAGGCGGGAAGGGAGGACGAAGGACCGGACGCAGGAGACGGCAAGGAAAGUGCGGGGGCGACUGCCGUUGGACCUUUUUCUGACAGCCCCCGCCGCGCACCUGCUACCGAGCUGCGUGUCGACGGCACGGCGAGAAGCGAACUGAGCAGUCUGGGCGGAUCCGCGGCAGGCGUCUCGGAAGCAUCCCGGCCUCUGUCGGCGUCUGCGCCUGCAAGAGAUCGCGGGGCCGGAAGUGCGCGAGACCGACGGCGCGCCUCGUCGCCGAGCUCCGAGGACGCCCAGGGGGUUGGGGUGCCAGGAUCCACCCGCAGCGGCGUGCAUUCGAGGCAGCGCUCCACGGAACCACGCGCCGGUGGACCCGAGCUCGACGCGUCGUUCCUUUCCUCGGCCGUCACCUCGUCCCCUCGCGCUUGCACUGACUCCUCCCCCCUUAACGCAGUUUCGUCCCCGAAUUCGCCUGUUCCGGUGCCUGCACUGCGUGCGCCGCCGCGCAGUGCCUCGGGGAGUCGCGGGGCUGCGGGUUCUCCGCGCUUUCUUCUUCCGCCGUUCGAGCUGUCGCUUUUGCUUCCGCUGCAGCUGCAUGCGCUGCUCCUGCUGCAUCUGCUGAGGCUGGCGCUGCGGCCUGCACCUGCGCUGCAUGCGCUGCUGGAGCGGCUCUUGCAUGCGCUGUGGCGUCUCCAGGCACAGGUGCGCAAGUGCGUCGAGUUCGUCGACUGCACGUCUGCCUCGGCCUUGGAGUUGCUUGAGGACGUCGCGGCGCUCUACGCAGACGCGCAGCCUCGCGCGGCCUUGCUCGACGGCGCGGCCGGCGACGCAUGCAGCCCGCGCGAGCGCGAGAAACGCCGGAAACAGAUCUCGGUCGAGGCGGAACCGGGCGGCGGACUGUACAACGGGGGCUCUGAGGAAGAGGCGUGGACAAGGCGCGACGACGACGGUGCGGAGAGACGAGCGAAGAGCGAGGCGAUGGAAGAGCUGUUUGCAUGCGUCGGCAUCUGGGUCGGAGACAUGCGGCGACAGGGCGACGCCUGCGGCCGCCGAUACGCCGCAGUCGAGAUGCAAGUUCGCCAGCUCAUCGACGACCUUGCCGCUUUGAAGCGCCGAGAAGAGACGGCUCUCUGCUCGCUCGCCGCCUCCGCCGAGGCCACCCAUCUUUCGGGACGCUCCAGACCCGCGCGAGAAGAGCAGCCAAGCACAGGCGCAGGACGACGCGCAGAGGGGCGAGGAGACGCGCAGGGUGUGGUGUCGUCUCGCGUUGCGGGCGACUCCAGUUACGGGAGUUUCUCAGGGCGUGCCCGCUUCGAGGCGACGCGCAGCCACCCCGAGUCCGGCGCGGCUGACUUGGGAGACGGCGCAGAGCCGGCCAGGGUAGAAGUAGUCAGUGAAGACGGAGAGGCAAGAGAAGACUCUGCCACGGCGAGCCAAGACGUGAAUGAGCCGGCGAGAACGCCGGAGAGAGGGACCUCGCGGCGGACGCGCGGCGUCGAGGGGGAGUCUGAAGCGGAGUCGAGCGUCGCAGCCGGCGACGGAGAGACACGGCAGGAGCGGGCGCGGCAAGACUCGCCGAGGGAGGCGUGGAUCGGAUGGGGAAGGUCUCCUCCUCGGUUUCCAGAGGGUGAAGGUGAAGCUGUGUCCGCGUGGCCCCAGCGCGGGGACACGCGCAAAGACGCUGGUGUGUAUCUCCAUCGCAUGGACCUCCUCCGGAAACACCUUGAGCGUCAACUCAAGACACUCGUUGAGAACAGUUUUCUCGACGACACAGAUCUCGCGUCUGCUCCCACGGCGUCGGUGCAAAUUGCGAGGCCGAGAGGAACUGAGGCCGAAGCGAGAAGGGGCGAACGAGACAGCGGCAGGUCUGGGAGGGCGGCGCACGCAGCCGCGUCGUCCCCCGGCGCUGGGUGGCACUUUGGGUGUCCAGGAGACGCCUCGGCACUGACUGACGAAAUCCUCGACUUUCUCUUUCUUUCUUCCGACGUGGCCACGAUGCAUGCAAAGCUCGUCUCUUCGCAGCAAAACGAGUUGAGACUCGCGGCGCCAGCGCAGAGCCUCGAGGGCCCAUGCCCGACCGGCCGGCGAGUGCCGGACAGCGAGACGUGGCGGGCGGCGCAAAAGGCGCGACCGUCGGCGGUGUGCGUCUCCGAGGAGGACGGCGCGGGCAGCCGAGGAAAGGCCGCUCGAGGGACACCUGAAUUCGACGGUGAAUUCCUUGGCGAAAGGGACGCGGAAGACGGCGCAUGUCUCGAGCGAAAAACGGACAGAAUGCUCAGAGAAGACGGAAAGGACGAGAGCGACGGCGAGGCGAGAAGCACGGUGUGGGGUCAGAAUCUGAAUCUUUCCUCGCUGGCGUCUCCGUCCUUCUCGGGAAACGCCGCUCAGCUGUGGCAGCUUUUUGCUAGCCUGCGUGACGGCUCAGCAGACAAGGGGUCGUGCGAAGCCUUUGGGGGAGGUCUUUUCAAUCCUUUGCCCCCAGUCGCGUUUGCGAAACGCGACAACACGCGUGGUGGGGAAGCGCGAAACCCGUCGACGAGAGAGAGCACGGAGGCGCGUGUCACCUCCUUUUCGUCUGACAGCGACCGAGCCACGACCCAUAGCGUACCGGACGGCCGGGACACGCCGAACGAGAAUAGCGCCGAGGCGACAGUGGAAUCGUUGUCGCCUCCGCAAGCUCUCACUCCUCAUUCGGUCUCUUCUUCCAGCCCUCCCACUUCCUUUCCAGCGUCGUUGCCUUCGGCGCCUGCGUCGCCUUCCCGCGAACCGUCAGCCUCAGCCUCUGGGGCCGCGCCUCGCCUCGCGCGUCUUCCGUCGAGCGCCGGCGUUUCCUUCGAAGAGCAAAUGUUCGUUUUGAAGUUGCUGACCAAGAGUCUGGAUCGGCUGCGGCGCGUGGACUACCUCCUCUCCUGCAUCUGUUCCUUCUGGGACUCCUUCGACGUUGCACUCACGCGCCUGCUCCAGCUGCAGCAACUCCCAAAGACGCUGCUGGGUGUCCGCCAGGCGAACUUCCAGCGGCGCGCCCGCGAACGGCUCCGGCUGUACAUGGAGGCCUGGGACAAACUUCGGGCGCAGUGUCGGGUGUACGUACACCUCGCGAAGCGCCGCGAGGAGAAACUCGCCGAAUUCGGCCUGCAAAUUCAAUCCACCGCUGACCAAGUCGACGCCAUUCGAGCCCUGUCUUGA